GGUGGAAGGGGCCAUGCCAUAACGCGGUGGAAAAGAAAGUGAGCGAAGAUGCGUCUGCACCUCAGGUGCAACUUGACAUCUGACGCCCGCCAGCUAUCGGCUAUCGUUAAUCGAGUAUUGUUUUCUCUCUCCCCAAAAGAAUUUCCCUCCUACUUAUGAAGCUGCGGGCAGAGAUCACCGCGCAAAACGAGCAUUCCUUCGUGCAUGCCGCCGUUAUUUGCGCCCCUCGAUUCUCCACCUUCGCUCCUCUUCCGUCGCGACGAAAAACACGUGACGAUCGGACGCGCAUGUCGUCGCGCAGGUGUUGUCCGUGAUCAAGCGAACGAGACGGCGUCGGGUGUCCGCGGUGACUGCGACCCACGCAUUUUCCUCACGGAAAACCGCAAGAAUGAAGACUAUCCUUGCUCGUUCUGUCGUCUCGUUCUGAUGGUGCUCGUCCCGUGUCACCCCGUCUCAUCGAUUCGCCGUCUCCUCCCUUUCUAGAUAGAAACAAGCCCAGCCCGAAACCAGGAUGUCCGUGACCGAGGAUAGGAUUCAGGAGGUAAACAUGCGUUUCAUGGACUUUAUGGGCAAAUCGGAGAACGUUGAAGCGGCCACAAAAGAAAUUUACGAGGACCUGUUAGAUGAGGUGUUGAUGGGUUUUGUUUUCGAUGUACACCGCACAACCAAAACCGGCAGUUCCGACGUCGAAGAAGGCAUACCCGAUGACAAAUCCUACGCCAUUGUCGACUCGCCCGGUCUAGACGUGUUUGGUCAGCAUCCAAUGAAGAAGUCUCAGGAGUGCAACUGUCCAAAUUGCGAGCGUGGCGUGGCAGCCUGCAGAUUUGCUACUCACCUGGCCAAAUGUAUGGGCAUGGGUAGGAACAGUUCGCGUAUCGCGUCGCUUCGUAUCGCGAAUAAUUCCAAGGACCUGAACAACUACGGCGGCGUAUUGAGCGACGAUGACGACGACGUUGAUUGGAGCCUGACCAACGACGGCAGCAACAAGCGCAAGCGUUCGCGCAAAGAUCGCAACGGCGUGAGUAAGCGUUCGGGCAAGCAGCAGAAGCAACAAGGCAGUGCCGGUGCUGGCGGUAGCGGUUCACAGAGAAACGGCGAGACCGUCGUCAGCGGCGGUAGUGGUGAACAUAACGUGCACAGCAGCAACGAGAGCUCGCCGUCGAAUUACGAGAAUAUGUCGCUCAUGGACAAACGAGCGCUGCUCACGCAGAUCUGCGGCGUCGUAUCCGAACACACGAAAAAGUUGUGCACUAGAUCGGUACGCUGUCCCCAACACACCGAUGAACAGCGCAGGGAAAUACGCGCCAAUUUAGAAUCCAAUGGCCAGGACAAUCUGCAUGUCGACGUGGACACGUACGAGGAAAACGAUGGUCAGAAUCUGAGGGACACGCUGACGAGGUGGGACCGAGAGGGUUCGAGUCAUUCUAGUCCGGCCGACUCCGCUUCGACCACGUCAACCUCAUCGAUCAGCCGGAAGCGCGAAACUAAAUCCAAGGGCAAGGGAAAAGCCUCGUCAAAACGCGAUCGCGGUUCUCCAAUCUCACAAGGAGACUGAGGGGGGGAGGAUCGAUCUGGAACAGUUUCUCGUUCUGGGAGUGUUCUUCGGUCCAGACUCACUUCCCGACAGCAGAAAAAUAUUGUAUGAUAAUGUUCCUACGGACUGUACAUAGAUUGAAGGGAAAUUUCUUCCAGACGAGAUUGUGAAGUUCGCGUAAUAUUUAAUUCUAAAUAUUACCCACGGCGUCUUUUUGUAAUUAUAAUUUUUACGAAAAUAAACAGCAACGAAUUGCAGAAUACAAUA